AUGUUGCCAAGUCAUGACAGCUCAAGACCCACUACAGCCAGCUCUUCGCGACAUGUGAGCAACGGCAACUCUGUAUCUUCGAGCAAUAUGUCAAUCAAGGCGUGGUUUCAACCUCGUCUGCUCGACACGACGAUGCAGUUGCUGCAUUACCAGCCUGUGGAACCCGCUCGUGUUCUUGCAAACCGCUUUUAUAAUGAAUACGUUCUCCUAACUGCUACAGACGCAUUGGCAAGUCAUAAAAAAACGGAUAAGCCAAAAAAGACUAAGGAUGCUUCCGUGGCCGUCACCACGGCGCGGGGCGCGGGACCCACGUCACACCCCCCUACCUCUAGGACCAAUGGAAUCGAUGAAAGCCAGGAGUGGGGUAAGACAAUCACUGAUACCCUCAUACCCUAUGGGGUGGAAGCUUUAUCGUCCUAUUUCAUGCCCCAGCCUAGUCAGCAGGCAUCUAACAAGGUAAGGAACAUGUUAGCGACUAUUAUUGCCUUGCUUCACCAGCAAGGCCGACACUACAUCCACGGAAAGGCUGCAUUGAGGAAGGAGCCCUUGCAAUUUUUCCAUGUGACCCCGUUAUGCCACGAAGCGGUUGACGAGCUUCCACUUGCGUUAAUGGUACGCUACAUGAUAGCGCUGAUCGAUCAGGAACUACGUAAUAUAGCCCCCAGGAUGACCGAUAAGCUGACCCUCAUAAUUUUGCUUACGAUGUUGCGAGCGCUAAGUCUGCAGCAGUCCUCCACCUCCCAGCUGGACGAUUGGUCAGAAGAGGGUGAAGAGCUUGUGGGGGGGCCAAAAAGCGAGACUGACCCGUUCUCAUCCAGGCUUAGUUUGCUGUCCUCAUCCCAUAUGGAGUCUCUCUCCGCAUCUCUCGGGAGGGCCAUUUGGCAUCACCUUCCCCUCAAAGCAUCGUCGGACACCGCGGCGUCGAGGAUGCGGACCGAUUGCACAGCCACCAGCGGGAAAGCAAGCUCCAACGCAAGCAAGGCGUCAAGCAGAAUGCGCCGAUCCCCCUCAAAGCCGUCUUCAGCAACAGGUGGGGAGCCCACUUCAUCAGGCAUAGCGAACUCCAGUCAAGACGAACUUUGUGAUAAGCUGAAAACAGAAAUAGAAGAUUUGGUAAAAAGCAGCGCCGUGAUGGUAGGCCAGGAUAUGGAGCUCGUCAACAUCACCGUGUCCGCCCUGGUGGCGGAGCAAAUGUUAUGCGUAGUAUCGGUUAUGCUGUCAGCGGUCGCUCAGGUGGGCGUCCCUAUGGUGGGGUUGCUCACAUUUCACAGCCCCGCGGUCUGGACAAGAGCGCUGCAGCUACGAUGCACCCGAUGGUUCAUCGAUGGACUAGUAGAAAGUGAUGGAGUCGAGGAGGGAGAUCCCAAUAGCACAAAUAGAGUCUCACACACCGAUAUACCCUUUCGAAAGCUACUGCGGGACCUGGCUCUCAUUGUAAAGUCCGUCACCGCACCGUCCGGUGAAGCCGCGGGUCCGACAGCGGAGUCUUGCACAUGCAGCUCACUUGCAAAUCUGUUGGAGAAGCGGCUGUCGGCGACGACCGAAUCCGACGCAGCAGAGAAGCGUGUAGAAAGCGUGACAAAUUUGUCGAGCGAAGUGUUGCUAUGGGUAGCCGAACUCGUGGAAGUGUCUGUGUACGCUAUUUAUGGUCACGGAAAAUUGAAAUAA